AUGGGUAUUAGUUAUCAUAUUGAUUACAAUUUCUCUUUCGUCUUAUCAAGUUCGAUGCAAUUGAAGUUACAUGCUCUUACAAAGAGACAAUUUGCCUUGGUUUACCUAGCUUUCUUUUUUGGCUUUAUUAUCCUGAUACUAGUUGGAGUUACGGGGCCUCCAGUAUUAACUCCAAUUGCUGCAAACUACAGCAAUUCGGUAACAAAACCUACGCAUAGUUCUCUAAAUAGUGGACCUUUUACAGUAAACACUGGAGAACACGCUUUAAAUUUAUUUAAUCAACAACUCUGGCUAUUUUGUCGCCUGAAAAUCAACGAGCAAUCUUCCGUACGUAUCUUGGGUAUAGUAUUUCAAGUUAAAGCAACUGUAAAAGGUAGAAAUAAAGAUGGACAUUACGUGAUACUUUCUGACUUUAAUCGUACUCGAAAAUUAGAAUGCAAGGGAUCGAAAUGUGAAGAAUUCAUGGUAUUUCAUGUGGGAUUUCUGAACUUUGAAAAAUACGAAGUAAUAGUACGAUUUCACGGAUUGGAUGCAAUUAAUGUUACUAACGUACGCUUUGAGUUUCAACACUACAAUGUCGCCUAUUCCAGAAUUGAACUGUGGCUUCGAUUCAUAUUCGCCGUUUGCUCUUUUGUCAUUGGCCAUUAUAGCAAGAAAUUCUUCACAUUUUAUGCGCCGAAGAUAUUAUUAGUCGGUCUGCUAUGGAUUGCUGCUUUUACCUUGUCUGUAUGGCAAGAAACUAUUGAAUUAAAUGCUCCAAUCGAACAAUACACGCAAUAUGCCGCCAAAUUUGAGGGUCUAAAAGUAUUUCUGUACAUCCUGAUUGGACUGUAUGUGUUGUACUUACUUUAUUUGUUAGUCAGAGCAUAUGGAGAACUACGUAAUUUAGCCUUUCAUGAAUUCGUUAUCCUGUUUGGAGUAUUAAACUUUUACAUUUACAUGAUGGCAUUCGUCUAUUCUCCAGCGAAAUUUGCAAUUGAAGAGGCUAUGAAUAAGCGCAAUGCAGUUUUUUCAGCUUUAAAUGGAGAAGAGCGUGUCAUUUACGGUAGGAAGAGGAGUAAAAAUCAACGAUUACCGCUAGAGAGCGACGAAGAUGAAGAGUUAUCAUCUUAA